AUGAAGUGCCGGCAGCCCCGGCACCUGCUUUCGGCCCGCCGCCUGCUGUCCACCAGCGCCGGCGGGGCCGGGGGCGGGUCCAUCGUGAUAGCGGGCGGGGGCGUGGUGGGCAGCUCUGUGGCCUACUUCGUGGCCCGCGCGCUCCGGUCGCGCGGCCAGACGCUCGCCUCGCCUCCGCCAGUCGGCCGCAGCAGCGAGUGGACGGUGACGGUGGUGGAGCGGGACCCCACCUAUCGCUUCGCGAGCAGCACCCUGUCCGCGUCGUCCAUCCGCCACCAGUUCUCCACCCCCGAGAACAUCCUCAUCGGCCAGUACGGCACAGAGUUCCUGCGCAACGCCGGUAAGUUGCUCUCGAUCAGCGACGAAGACGAAGCUCGCCUGAGCGGCCGGCUGCAGGAGAAGCCACAGCAGCCGCAGCACCCGGCCCGUUGCGCCAACGAAGAAGCUGCGGCGGCCGCCGACGGCGGGGGGACGGGGGUGGACGUGCAGUUCCGGGAGAACGGGUACCUGUUCCUGGCCUCGCCGCAGGGCCGGCCAGUGCUCGAGUCCAACCACCAGCUGCAGCGGGACCUGGGCUCCGACAUCCGAUUUCUCGGCAGCCCGAGCGAGAUCAAAGCCCAGUUCCCCUACCUUCACACCGACGACCUGUCGGCGGGCUGCUUCGGAGCGAGCGGGGAGGGCUGGUUCGACCCGGCCACGCUGCUCCACGGAUUCAAGCGCAAGGCCGCCGCCCUGGGCGUCAACUUCGUCCACGGCGAGGUGGUCGGAACCGAGUUGGAGGCCGAUGGACCCAGGCAGCGGGUGUCGGGCGUGCAAGUCACGACCGCGGACGGCGUCGCGCACAAGCUGUCCUGCUCGCACCUGGUCAACGCCAUGGGACCACAGGCGGCCAGGUUGUCGCAGAUGAUGGGUCUCACGCUCCCUGUGGUGCCGAGGAAACGAUGCGUGUUCGUGCUGCGGUGUCGCGACGAGGAGGUCAACCAGGCCAAGAUGCCACUCGUCAUCGACCCGUCGGGGGUCUACUGGCGACCAGAGGGUUGCGGCUUCAUUGCCGGCGUCUCGCCCCUGGUGGACCCGGACGCGCACGGCGACUUCGAGGUGGACCACGACCUGUUUGAGGAGGUGAUCUGGCCCGUGCUCGCGCAUCGACUGCCAGCCUUCGAGGCAGUCAAGGUGGUGGGCCACUGGGCGGGGCACUACGACUACAACACAUUCGACCAGAACGCCAUCCUCGGGACCCACCCGUCGGUGGGCAACUACUACCACGCCAACGGCUUCUCCGGCCACGGCCUACAACAGUCGCCUGCGGUGGGAAGGGCCGUGGCGGAGCUCUUGCUGGAGGGCGCGUACAAGACGCUGGACCUCUCCAUGUUCCACUUCGAGCGCGUGCUGGAGAACAGGCCCAUCAUCGAGCUCAACGUCGUCUAG